AGCAGCGCGGCUCGAGAGCCGCGCGGGCGCUCCCCUUCCGCCGAGCUGCGGCGCGCGCUGGGGCCUUUUUGGGGGCGGCUUCCCCGCGGGGUGAGUGCUUCGCAGGGGGGGCCGCCCGGGCGAAGGCCCGCUUCGUUUCGCCGCUCACACGUGGGAGACCCCGAGCCGCGUGCCGAGCAGCGCGGAGGGCCUGCUCGGCGAUGCGAGGGGCGCCAUGGGAGAGGCCCCGCGCUCUGACGAGACCGGUGAUGUGGCCGAGUCGAAGGUUGAGAACCAGGAGCACGAGGACCAAGAUCAGCUUGCCUCGGCCGUUUCUCUGAAGCAGGACAGCUUGCUGGUGUUCGACUGGGACGACACGAUCUUGCCAACUUCGUGGCUCCUGCGCGUGAACGCCCUCACGGCCGACGCCCCGAUGCGACCAGAGGUCCAGAGACAGGUGUCUGCCUUGGCCCUGGUGGCGCUAAAGACACUGAACAUGGCCCAGACAAUGGGGACCGUCAUCAUCAUCACGAACAGCGCUCCAGGCUGGGUAGACCAAUCGUGCCAGCUGUUCAUGCCCCAGCUGCUGCACCAUGUGAGGGGGAUGCACAUCGCCGCCAAGCCGCUCAACGCACCGCUCACGUUCAAAAUCAACGCCUUCCGGCGCGAGUGCAGGCAGUUCAGGAAUAUAGUUUCCAUCGGCGACGGCGACGCAGAGCGGGUUGCGAUCCUCCGUCUGCAGGGGGCGGACGCGCGCUCGCGGAUGUCACCGACUGCAGCAGGCAGCGAGGAUCUGCACGGGGCCAGCCGCUUGAUCAAGUCCGUGAAGCUUCUCGAGCUGCCCACCUGCCAGCAGCUGAUCUCUCAGCACGGCAUGUUGCAGGGGCGACUGAGGGACGUGACCGCCUUCCAGGGCAGCCUGGACCUCAAAGCCCGUGCUGGCCCCGCGGGGGCGCAGUGCUCGUCGCCCAGGGGCGGGCCCGGCGCACAGCCGCUCUUCUCGCUGGUGCACUUCGGGCGUGCGCCGGGCGCGGGCCCCCCCGCGCCUGGCGGGCGGGGCCCGGGGAUCACUGGGGCCGCGAGCACGUCGCCGGCUCGGAUGGCGGCGCAGCCAGACGAGGGCACGCGGGCCUCUGCAGCCCUGGGCGCCGCACGCUCGCACUCCGCCGGGCCCGCGGGCACGGCGGGGGGCGCGCCGAGCCAGCUGCCGCUCAUCGGGCGGCCUGCGACCCAGGACGACGCUGCGGCCUCGGCCUCCGCGGGCCCCAGGGGGCUCCUGGGCCGCGGCGCGACGACCCCUCUGGGCGGCGCCCUCGCGGAGCGGCGAGGCGCCGGCGGCGAGGCCCCCCGGGAGGCGCCGGAGCCGGCGGGAGGCGGCGCUCGCGAGGACGCGGUCGCCCCGGGCGCCGCCGCCCCUGGAGCGACCCACGGCGGCACGGCGGCCGGGGGCGAGGCCCUCUGGAAGGUGCAGAUGAGGACGGGCGCCGGCUCCAAGACGGCCCACCCCUCUCCGCCGAGGAGGCGCGCGGCCGGCGACGCCAAUGCGCCGUACCCGUCACCGACCUCGCCGCUGUCCAGGAGCGCCCCGCCGAUGGCGCGGUGACGGCCCCGUGCGGAGGCCGCUCGAGCGGCAGUGCUUUUUGCUGGGGAGGUUCGCGCGGUUGCCUCGGGUCGAUGCCAGCAGAGGAGCGGGCCGGGCGGUCCGGGCAGAGGGCCGUCGCGCCGGAGCAGCGCGGCAGAGGCGGCGCGUUCGGUGCCCGUCUCUUCUCUUUUUUGGCCAGCCGCGGCGUCGGGAGCCGGGGAGUGCACACCACUGCUCCCCAGCAUCUGCUCAGCCUGCGCCAACUGCAUUCCCUGACCAGGCAUCCCGCCAUCAUUCGAAGCAGGCCUCACGUGAUGUCGGGCCGUAUAUUUGAUCUUCCGGCUAAACUCCGAUUCGGUUCCAGUGGGCAAGCCAGCCGGAGAUGAGGUUCAAAUAUACUGCGAUUGCCGACUGCGCGUUGGCAGGAUAUGGUAGGAAUUGAGGCGUAUUAAUCAGUUCCGGGAAUUGCGUGAGCCCGCAUUCUCAAGUUUUCAGUGAAGCGCUUUUUGAUAUUCAUGAUUGUCGAAAGGUUAUUUUGAUAUGUUUCAGCUUGCCGCAUCUAGUGCGCUCGCGCGUGACUGCUAGAUUCACAUUGUCUAUUCCGUGCAAGGGCAGCUGUGCUGCAGACCACCAUGGCGUCGUUUGCUUUUGCGGUAUGUAGCAGGGCGGCCGAGUACGUCGGCCAAAAAGAUUGCACGAGAAGUUUGCGCACUGCUUCCCUUUGAGUUUGCGAACUUGCCCAAAUUCGAUGCCUGACUUGCGGCGCACAGGGCACGGCUGCACAUUACUGCGCGCCUUCUCUAAGGGAUGGUCGUACGUUCAGUGCUGAGUUCCUGGUGGUAGUCGUCCUGCCUCAUCUUUCCCUCCUCUCCUGUGCCUCCUCCUCAUCCUCCUUCUCCUCCUGCCCCCCCUCUCCCUGGUACUCCUGUUCGCGCGCCUCACAUCGCCAGGCUGCACCCAGCCCCAGCUCAUCCGUAAUCUCUACAUGCUGGCGAGCGGCGAGCUUCCCUAGGUCAUCAGCGCAGGCCGAGUGAUCUUCCCGAGCGUGCGUUCCAUAGACCGAGAAAGCAGAGCCUGCAGCGGAAAA